GUGAAAUUGCCACACUGCUUUUGGCUUAGUCCUCUGAGGUUGGGGAGCCUAUAGUUUUAUGGGGAUAAAUCCAAUGAUGGAUGGAAAUGCUAAAAGCAGAUCGAGGAACUACAUUGUUGAGGACUUCAGAUGGCUGAGAACUUUCAAAAGACUAUUUUUGCUAACAGUUUUUAGCUUAAGCGCUUUGGAAGCAGCUCUUGGAAUAUAGCUUUGCAUAUCUACUGCAUUUGGUGUGCACAUGCCAUUGGAAAGCACCAUUCUAAAUUUAUCCGACUUAUCUGAAUCAUCUUGACUGCAGAUGUACUUGCCAACCUUGCAUGCUGAUAUUUGGUAACUUGUGUGAUGUGUCACUUUUGUUUUCUUAGCACCUGAAUGAUAGCCUUUUUGGAAAGAGAUUUUAGAGAAUAGAGAAACUUCUCCGGAACAGUAUUUUGGAAAUCUAACCUACUGAUUUCAACUCUUUUUAAGCCAGUAGUUCUUAGUACCUGUUUUAUGAAGAUACCUCUUUCCUUUUCUUCUGCAUAAGGAGACUUUUUUACCAGAUUUUGAAAUUUUGACAAAGAAAAUUCAGUCAGAUUUAGACCCUCAAGACUACUCCAUAGAAGGAGGGCACAAAGUUUUCAGAGAGAGUUUUCAGUGGAAGAUAAAGAAGAAUUUGCGAACAGCACAAAAGAUAUUGAUGCUAAUCUUUUAGCAGUGCUUCCAAAAGUUUCAGAAUUAAGAAAACUCUUUGAACCAAAAAAGCAAGAUACUUUGGAAAUGAAAAGAAAAGAAAGAAUAGCCAGACGUUUAGAGGGAAUUGAAAAUGAUACCCAACCAAUCCUGCUCCAAAACUGUCCAGGAUUAGUGACCCAUCGUUUAUUAGAAGAGGAUACACCAAGAUAUAUGCGUGCUACAGAUCCAUAUAGUCCUCACUUUGGAAGAUCAAAUGAAGAGGAGGAAACUUCAGAUUCUUCUGUAGAAAAGCAGCCUAGAUCAUCUAGGUACCGAGCAGAAUCCACAGGUGCAAAUACAGAACCAUCCUAUAGCACCGAAUCCAUGGAUACCCAGGGGCUCGAUUCAAAAGCAGAAAGGAUAGCUAGGUACAAAGCAGAGAGGCGACGCCAAUUGGCAGAAAAAUAUGGAUUGACUUUAGAUUCAGAUGUUGAUUCUGAAUAUAUGUCCAAAUACAUAAGGGUAAGGAAAGAUCCUGAUACUGCUGAGAAAAAGGGUGCGAAAAGUGAGAAGCAGGAAGAUGAAAGCAGGGAUUAUAGUUCUCUGUACUCCUCCCAGACGGAGAUGCAAGAGUCAAAGAGGAGUACUUCUGAAUCCAAGGAGUACUCCUGUUCCACAAAAGAGUGUGUUCCAGAUGGAGAGGAGCUUUUAAAUGAGGAGAACAAUAAACGAGCACGGGACUCAAGUACUACUGGGCAGGCUUAUGACUUGUCCUCAGCAGUGGAGAGUUCUGCAUCCUUUUCAUUUUCUGGGCAAGAAUCCUCCUUUAGCGAAGUGCCAAGAUCACCAAAGCAAACUCCCGGAGUAUCUCUUUCCUCACCAAAGCAGGUAGCCUCACCAAGCCACUCCCAGAAUGACCAGCUUGUGCACAUCGACACCAGACAAGGUAGUGGAGGGAAAGCAAAACCUGAAUGGUUUCUUCAGAAAGAUUCGGAAGGGGACACACCUUCACUUAUCAGCUGGCCCUCCAGAGUAAAAGUUAGAGAGAAACUGGUGAAAGAGGAAAGUACUCGUGGAAGCCCUGAACUUGUCACAGAUGCUCUGUCUCUCAGAAAAUCACAGCCAGUGCCAGUUCAUUACAUGCCUCUUCAGUCAGAAACAUCUGCCUUUGAUAGGGUUGCCAACCAAUCACUCAGCUCAGUUCACCAACCAAUAUAUGGCUAUAUUCAGUCCACUGGUGUUGCUCAAGCUGCUAAGCUGAUGGCAACGGAAGAACUAGAAAAUGUGUCAAUUAGCAACUUGUUAGUCCCAGACAAUGCUGGUUUCAUCACAAAAACCCCAACAGCCUCUCUGCUACAGAAUGAAAAGAGCGACAUACUCGAGAGCUAUGGAUCAAAGCCUGAUGAACAUAAUCUGGAGAUGGAAGAGCUUUCAAAAAGCAGAAAACCGAUUCUGCCCUCUGAGAUUCGCAAGCAAGGAAAGAGCCAUGAAGGCCUUUUUAGAGGAAGGGAAUUAGACAAGCCUGCAGUUAGCUCAUCCCUGAUAAGCAAGCCAAAGACAUCAGAGCUUCAGAAAGAACUUGAGUGCAUCAAGCAUCAGAUACCUGAACCUCAGCUUAAGAUGCCUGAGAACAUUGAAAGGAGUGAAACUAUUAUGUUCAUUCAAAGUGGAUCUGUAUCACAAUCUGCCAAGGCAAAAGGCACUCCUCGGGAAGUGUCUACAGUGAAACAAAAACUCUUGACUCGCUCCUUGUCCGAUUACACUGGUGCUCCUAAGCUAGAGACUUUUAAAAGUAAGGAGCCAGUUACAAAAAAGGAGAUGGCAUUUCAGAGUGUUGAAGCAAAUGUGCCCAAUGGUGAGAUUGGCAUGGUAGACACAAAGGUCUCUGUUGCCCAGCUCCGUAAUGUCUUUCUGGAAACUGCUAAUGCCAACAAGAAAACUGAACUUGAAUCUCGGUUUGAGAUGCCAACAUCAGGUAGUGCUUUGUCUGCCAAUACUGAACGUGAAAGAGGGCCACGAAAGCCAAGGCGCUAUUUUUCUCCUGGUGAAAGUAGAAAGACUUCCGAGAGAUUUAGAACUCAACCUAUAACUUCAGCAGAACGAAAGGAAUCAGAUAGAUCUGCUUUGACUCCAGAAAUGCCAGCUGCUGAUGAUGAAGAAAAACUGGAUGACCGAGCCAAACUGAGUGUUGCUGCAAAAAGGCUGCUUUUUAAAGAAAUGGAAAAAUCACUUGAAGCAAAAAAUAUUCCUAAACCACGUUCAAGGAAUUCAGCAGUAGAGAGAAGACUGAGGCGUAUGCAAGAUAGGUCCCGCACACAACCAGUUACUACUGAAGAAGUGGUCAUUGCAGCAACUGAACCUACCCCUGCUUCACGUUCUGUGAAUACCCACACUGUAGUGGCAAGAAUACCUAGUCCCACUGUAGUUAAGAGCACUGUACAACCUAUCAGUCUACAGGCAUCAGCACACCAAAAAAUUUUAGCUAAAGAAGAGAUCAAAGCAGCCAAAGAAGCAGUUGAACAAGAACAGUCUGAUGAACCAGACUCCUCUAGCUUAAGCUUGGCAGAAAAGAUGGCCCUGUUUAACAGACUGUCUCAACCAGUAUCGAAGGCCCUCUCAACAAGGAGCAGAUCUGACAUCAGACACAGGAGAAUGAAUGCUCGCUACCAAACACAGCCAGUCACGCUGGGAGAAGUUGAGCAGGUGCAAAAUGAAAGUGGAAAAAUCACUCCUUUGCCACCUGCUGUUGUAACAUCAGUGUCAACUAUGGCUUCUGCCAUUUCUGCAGUGUAUGCGGGAGAUCUUCAUGCAAAAUCAGCAGUUGAUGAAAACAUAAGUGCUACUAGUAAAGCUGAUUUGAGAUUCCAUUCUUCAGUCGAAACUGUAGAUUCUUCAAUAAAAGGUGCGCUGAAAUCAGAACAGUGGCAACCUUCAGUUGAUGCGAUAGAGAGCAAAAGAGCAUCAAAGGAACAUGAUGAAGGAGAGAGAGACAGAUUCCUAGCACAUGAAGAUAAUGAAAUCAGAAAGUAUGGCUCUUUUGAGGAAGAAACCGUACACCCUGCUCUUGAGAAGACAGAAGAUUACCACAAAUUGACAAAUUAUGCUUUCCCAAGGAAGAGCAGUACAGAAUUGUUUAGAUCACAAGCACUUUUUCAGCCUUCUGAAGAGGAGGAGCUUUUGUCCAAUACUGUCAUUCAGGAUAAACUGGAACUCCAGAAUGAGCAAUUCUUUGAGGAGGAAUUGGAAAGUGUCAUGAGAAGCAGGACCUUGCAAAGAGACCAUGUUGAGCCUACUUCUGAACUUGUUGGCACAACAGCAACAAAGACUGUUUCACAAACUGCAACUCUGGCAUCCUGUAAACAGCAGGAGACAUCUGAAGAGUUGGAGGGAAAAUUCUAUAAGAGCCCCUGCGAGAUGUUUUCUGCUGAAGAGAACAGAAUGGAAACAGCUGAGGAUGUACUUGAUGCAUCCACCAAAACAAUGUCAAUUAAAGAAAGGCUGGCACUGUUGAAGAAGAGCGGAGAAGAAGAUUGGAAAAGCAGACUUAACAAAAAGCAGGAGUAUGCAAAAGUGUCUGUCACUGAGCGUAGCGUGCAGCUGCAAGAAGUUGAACAGUUGUUAAAGAACAAGGAAGAAGGAAGAAUUACAGACGAUAAUGCCAUGUCUAAUCAGCUUUGGGAACCCGUCUAUGCUUCUACUUAUUCUCCUGCUACACCUGCUGCCCAUAAAUUUCAUCCUUUUGUACCUAUUAACCAGGUCAGUAGUACUAGUUUGACAGAAUCAAGCCCCUUGAUCUUUGAGCGUCAUCCUUGGAGAUGGAAGCUAGGGACAGCCUUAAGCAUCACUGCAUAUAUUUAUCUACUGAAUCUUUCAUCUCUUGCAUGGUGACGCAUCAUCUUGGGCUGUGAUUUUUUUGUAAGCUGAAGAGGCAUUUCUUGGAAUGGAAACCUACAAGGAACACUUGAUAUUGUUCAGAGUGGUAUAUUUACUUGGUUGUAGGCCAUUCUUCCCUGUCAAUUCAUAAAGUAUAGUAACACAAAGCCCAAAGAAAAAAUGUGUAAAAGGAGACUAUCAUCUGAUCUGAUCACUUGUAUAAUGCAAGCCAGCCACUCUCUAAUAAUUCUUGGAUCAAACCUAUAAUGUCUCUUGUGAGUUGCAGCAUAUUGUUUAGAGAGAGAUCCAGCUUAAUUCACGCCCUUUGAGUGAAGGAGUGCGCACUGCAAUUCUAAGUAUGCUGUUCCAAUGUUUAAUUACCCUCACUAUUAAAAUUGAUCCCUAACUUGUCCACCUUCAGCUUACAGCCUUUGGAUCUCUUUGCAUCUUUCUCUGCUACAUUAAAGAGAUGCAGGCUGUCAGACAUGCCUCUCCCAGGGGUACUUGUAGACUGCAACUGGUUGCCUCAUAACUCUCUUCAGUAAAGCAUGGAGCUACUUCAGUUUUCCUUUCAUACAAGGUUUUCCAGAAUUGUAAUAAUUUUAAUAGUUGUUUCCAGUUUGUCAACUUUCUUUUAGAAGUGUGGACACCACAACUAGACAUGGUCUUGUAGUCACUAUCUUGCUAAUGAGACCUGUUACAGAUACUUUUGUAUGCAGAAGUAAUAAUUCUGUUUGUACAUAUAAUAAUUAGUCAGAUCAAGUCUGUUACCUACAACAUUGUACUGUGUUAAUUGAAAUCUGAAUCUUUUUCAGGGCAAUUCCUUCCUUCAUCCUGAUUUUUAUAGAUGUAUAACCUUGUAUUCAGCUCUUUUAAAGUGUAUGGUCCUCAACUGGUGUUGCCCACCUUAUCAAAUGUUUCAGAAAGAUAC